AUGUCCUCCAACAUGUCUUCUCCCCUCAAGUUUACAGACACUGGCUUCGAUAUUGUUGACACCUCUAAAAAAUUUGAAGAGGAGACCCUCCCGGACUAUCACCCUGCAGACUAUUAUCCAGCUCGGAUUGGGCAGGUGUUGGCAGAUAGAUAUCAGAUUGUCGGGAAACUGGGCUAUGGCGUGGCCUCAACUGUCUGGCUUGGCCGUGAUAUUCGCAUAACUGACUCAAGCCCCAGAGAGUCCCGAUAUGUGUCCUUGAAGAUAUCUACUGCUGGGUAUUCAACACAAAAUAAUGAAAUCGACAUCUACAAACAGCUAGAGUCUGCUGCCUUGGAAACCGACCACGUUGGAAAAACUCUCUAUCGGCAAUUAUAUGGCUCCUUUAACAUCACUGCGCCUCAUGGUACCACUCAUACAUGCCUUGUCCAACAGCCUCUUGGCCUGAGUAUGGAUCAAUAUCUUGAUCUCCGCCAGUCCGGGCUUCUAUCAACAGACCUUCUCAAACCUAUGCUACGAAGUCUUUUAAUUGCCUUGGACUUUGUGCACAUAGCAGGUGUUGUUCAUACGGAUAUUCAAAGCAAAAAUAUACUUUUCCCAGUCAAAGAUGAUGCAAUUUUUAGAAAUUUUGAAGAAACUGAAUUGAAAGAGCCAGCACCAAGGAAGAUUCUGAGUGAUAAUCAUAUCAUAUAUAUGACCCGGCGCAUUCCUUUAACCCCAACAGUCCCCAUCUUAACUGAUUUUGGAGAUGCUAGGCUGAUAAGCAAGACCCAGCCAGGGGAGUUCAUCAUGCCUCAUCAUUAUAGAGCACCAGAGGCUAUUCUUAACAUGGAAUGGAAUGACAAAGUUGAUAUUUGGAACAUCGCGGUACUCCUCUGGGACCUUGUGUCACCUGGCCAUCUUUUUCGUGCGCGAAUUGUAGAGGACGGAAUUCAGGAGGCCAUUCGUAUUGCAGAGAUGAUUGCCAUUAUGGGACCCCCGCCGAAAGAGUACCUUGAAAGGAGUGAAGACUGCAAGGUAUUCUGGGAUGAAGAUGGGAAAUGGAAAAACCUCACUCCCAUCCCAGACAUAACACUCGAAAGCCUUGCCAUAGAUAUGCAAGGUGAGGACAAGGAGGGCUUCUUAAGCUUCUUGCGUAAAAUUCUGCGUUGGGUACCUGAGGAACGGCCGACAGCCGGAGAGCUUGUUGGGUCGUCAUCUGCAGAAGGGCAACAACGGAAGUAUCAUAAGGCAUUUAUCCAAUGCAAAGACGAGACGGGAACAAGUUGA